AUGGAUACCCCGGAGAAAGAUGACGAUGGCAGUAAAGAUCAACUGGUAAUGGAAAAAAAAAAUCGACCAAAAAUAAUAAAAUACCAUUCCAGAUAGAGUACCAACUGGGCAGUUACUUGAUGUGCCUUCCCAGCCGGAAUAAUCCAACUGUUCGGGCUGUCCAAAGCUUUUUCAUCAACGAGAAAAACGGCGGAAGCCUGAUUUUCAAGUAUACGAACAUAAAAAAGGAAGUUCAACAGCAUGUGAGUAGGAAAUAACCUUAAAAAAAUAUUCAUGUUCAAAAUUUGAACCCGUUUCCUUGAUAUUUAUAACUAAAAUGAAGCUCUAGAGACAGUUUUCAAUGUAUUUUUGUUCCAAAACUCCAAAAAGCAUUCAAAAAGAGUUAUACUUUCAGAAAAUACCUUAUAUAGCUGGAGCCAUCGAAAAACGGGUCCUGACACGAUAAGAAAAGAGAGUGCUAGGUUAGUAGAGAGCGCAGACAGGCCACGCCCCCAAGCUAGCCGUGAAUCGGCUAUAAAUACCAAAUUUCGCUUCAUAAGCUUUGUUCUUCGCAAUUUCGGAGAAUCGUCUCGUUUUAAAGUGACCUUCCUUGACUAUGAAGACUUUAAGAAUGACUUGGAUCAAAUUGAUCUCUAUCCACCAAGUCAAAUGAUCCGAUUGACAGGUGUUCCCUCUGCACAACUUCGCCAAGGUCGUGAAACCGCGAAAAGGGCUCCUCAUGGAACUUUGGUUUGACCCCGAAUGCGAAUACAACGCAACUUCGAGAGUGUGGGUCCUUAGAAUCUUCGUGAGAAUUGCAGACCUUGUCCAAACUUCUGUCCUAGGUACUCCUAAAUAUAAGUAAUAGGAAAUAAAAAAAAUAUCUGCCAAGCGCCAUAGGGUACUGAGAAAUAGACCUUCAAAGACGUUUUUUAAUUUGAAUUUAUCGUUGCGUUCAAAAUUUGAUUGGAGGCCACUAAGAGUUGCUAAAACACUUUCCCAUCAUUCUAAACCCGGAAAGUGAAAAAUAGAGCUCGAAAAAAUCCAAAAACUAUCACAUUUUAGAAAAAUGCAACUUGUCGCGCGGUGGCAUGCACACCAUGCGCCGUCGGUUUCUACUAACUCUUUUUUCAAAUGCAUUUAUGUAAUAAGACGAACAUUUCCUGGACUUUUUUUUUUCAAUUCAUGAUAAAAUUGAUCCAAAAUAUUUAAGUUCAUGAUUACAAAGUUUUAAGCUUAUCGAAGCUUUAUUAUUGCCUUAUCUUUUUCCAAAAGUAACAAAUUUGAAAGACCUUGAAGCAUAAAGAUUAGUUUCAACCCCAUGGAUGUGGUCAUGACAAAAAUUAAAUUAGGUUUUCAAGUUAAGUGCGUGGUAUUGACUUUAUCAGAAGAAGGGGUUAGCGGCUUUCAAAGUCGGUCUGCCCAUGUAUGGUCUCCUAUGAAGCUUGGCAGAUAAUUCUGUUUUUUUAAAUGAGAACUCAGAAUUAUCUAUCACGGAAGUUUGGACUAGAUCUGAGAUAUUCACCUUAGACGCUUCCUUUGCUAGAAGUUUCAUGUUUAAUAUUAAAAAUGUUUAUUUCAUUCACAAGAAAAAAUAGUCAUUGACAGAUCGAAGAAUGAGAGAUUGCAUUAGAAAAAGAAACUAAAGUGGAUGAUAUGAAUUGAAACCCGAUUUUUUAUUUUUUCACCAAAAUUGAAUCUAGUCAUAAAUACACUAAAAUCUACAUCCAUCUGUUCCCAGAUUUGAAAUUUUGGGAUAUUUCUAGGCCCGAGGCCCAAAAGGAAGCUUGAAAUUGAUACAAUUUUUUUAUUUGCACCGCUGUUGACCCUUCGUGGUCAUUUUCAGGAAACUGGAAAAGUUGAAGUUGAAUUUCGAAACUCGCCAGCAUUUGGAAAUAGUCGCGGAAGUCUUGAAUUCACUCAUGGAUCAGAAGAAAACCAAUGGAAAAGCUACAGUAAAGAAACAGCGAUCGUUAGUCACAUCCUGCCCUUUUUUGGAAAAAUUUGAUUGAUUUAGGAAUCUCCUGACGUCUUCUUCAUCGGCUGAGCCCGUCCAGAGGUACUUGAGUAGUUGGGGAAGUUGGGAAUCUGCAAAAAAGCUGCUGGAAUGAUAUUUUUGUGACAUUCCUUAAUUUUAAAUCAAAAAAUACGCAUUUUGUAUGAUGAAAAGGUGCAAAAAGGUGGCUAAAAUGAUUUUUUGCAGUUUUAUUGAAGAUUUUCAACAUUUCCAAGUGUUUGAAGGCUGAAAAAAAAGGUCGAAAAAUAGCAAAUGUAAACUAUAAAAAAGCGCAGAACGAUUUUCGUGGUUUUAUUAAGGAUUCCCAUUUUUGCCUUCUGAAGGAGUAAGUGCAGGACAAGGAAAAAAAACGCAAAAAAGGGGAAUAGGGGGACCUUUUCGACCUCUUCAGAAGAAAUUCCGAAAUAGUUUUUGAUCAGAUAAAUCCCGAAAAAUUUUCGAAAAGCCACGAAAUUUGAAAAUUUUAGUCUUUCAUAGGUGUAAUGUCUUCACUAAAAUUGAAAAUCAUUUUUCUACUUUUUUUUCAAAAUUUGAGAGGGAACAGAAGAUUCAUACGGAUGACUUGAGCCAUCAAAAAAAAAAAAAGGUCCUGACACAGAUAAUAAAAGAAAUAGUGCAUGGUUGGUGGAGAGCGCAGACACGCCACGCCCCCUCAGCGUUCCAAAUUAGCCGUGAAUCGACUAUACAACCAAAAUUUGAUUUUUCCUGAGAGUUUUACGAUGAAUUUCACUAUCAAAAAUCAAUUUUGACUCUCUUCAAAAAAUUAAUGAAUUUAAGAAAUGAUGGCCUGACGAAAAGGGAAAGACUGGCCCAAGGACCCAGCAAUUCUGGCUUAUUGAAAGUUCCUACGCCACAGAGAACCAGUUCUUAUGAAUAGUGAGUUUGGAAAAAUAGAACAAGGGAAAAAUUUGAAAAAUGACAAAAAAAUUAGAAAAUGACCGGAAAAAAAUGAAUUAAACAACUUGAAACCGUUCCCUAGAAAAAAAUUGAAAGAUUUUUCAUUUUAAAAUUUGGAAAUUACUCAGAAAUAUGUAAUCAAUUCAAUAAAAUAAUUCCUUGCUCCUGUUUUUUAAUCUUCAGAAUGAAAACUAUGUAAGAAACCCCGGAGUGGUCCCUGUAGGUGAAUCCUUAGGGGCCCUUGAAGUUUCUCCUUUAGGGAACACUGAAACUUGAAAAAGGCUUUUUUAACUUAUUAAUUUUCAUAUCUGAACAAAAAAUUGAAAAAAAAAAACCCCUAUAGGGACCACUUAAGCUUUAGGGGCUCAGAAGCCAGAACCAAAACUUGAAAAAGACUUUUUUUGACCUUUUAAUUUUCUGAUCUGAACGAAGAGCGUGAAAGUAAACCCCUAUAGGGACCACUUAAGCUUUAAGAACUCAGGAGUCAGACCCUAAAACCCUGUAGAGACCAUUGUUCCUAAGUAGGUAGAAGAUUCCUCCAAAAUAUUCUGACGAUACUUUUUUUUUCAAAUCCUGCCUGUUCGAUACUUUUAACCUGAGGUUUGAAAUGAGAGGAUGAAUUUUGAAAUUAAGUAGUUCUCCGAGAAGAGGAAGACUGGCUGAUGGACCCAGCGUUUCUUCCCUCCCAACGACUCCGAGUAUCCCGAGACCCACGUUCCUCCAACAGUAAGUUGAGAAGGAAUUAUGAAAAUCAAUGGGAAAAUUUUUUGUGACCAUUUUGAAAGGCUCUUUCAAUGAUAGGCCUUCAUAGGGGGUAGUCCUUCUAUCUAGCCUUCUGGAUUUUUUUUUUUUGCAAAUCUGCUCAACAAUUUAUGUUUGGUAGAAGUGGUGUCGCGCAAAUUUUCAGGUUUAGCGGUUAAAAAUUCCAAUGCUGCCAUAUUUGGGUUUGAUUCUUGUUGAACAAGUUUGAAAUUCAAUAUUUUUAAUCUAUUGGAUGGAGGCCAAUAGGCCGCCCUGGCAGUUUUGCCAUAAAAUCCCACAGAAGGACUUUUUAUAAACGUAAUUGGUAACUGUUAACUAUUCCUCUAUAGUUGUCCCUUUUCAAGUUUUGAUCGAGAAGUUGAGGAAUCAAUCGAAAAUUUUCGAUUUCCCAGGCUUUUAUAACGGAUUUGAAUGAAGUUUCUCUUAAAAAAUUUUUAAUUCCCUUUUUUUCUCGUUUUUUGUCCGAUCAGCUUUUUGCCCAUGUAAAAAAAAAUCGACCUUCAAUUUCUCAUCAAAAUGCGAAUUUUUUGAAAUUCAUUACUUGAAAAUUCUCGGGAUUCGCGCAGAUAGCGACUUCUGGGUUCGAUUCCCAGGCCAUCGAUGAUUUUUUUGAGAAAAUUCGCAAAAAUGGCGAGGUAAAUCGACUCCCCCUCUGUCAAAGCUCUGUUAAAAAACAAAAAAAAUUUGAGGUUUUUUCCAGCCUCGACGCACUUCAAACGACGAGCUCGGCUCGUGCGGCUUUCAACCGACCUGAAACGACUUUCCGCCCCGUCUCCAACAUCCCGACGACUCCCAAGACUCUUCCGGGUCUCCUAACUUCAAAAUCUCCACGGACCCCGUUGCGAGAACGAUCUUCAAUUUCUCAAAUCGCAAUUUCUCCAGUCAAUACGGCACAGACGUAAAUGCGCUUAUUUUCUUCUUGGAAUGGCUCGUUGCGUCGCGGUCGCGUUGCGUUUUCUCUUAUUUUUCCAAAAAAAAUUUUUGGAAAACUAUUAUGAAGUUCUACCAAGUGUGACGAUAUUCCGUCAGAUCCUCAGUCAAAAAUUUGUUCAACCAUUCCCUCUUGCUUUAGUCGGAUUACGGUAGGGGGAUAACCUGCGUAUCUAAGUAAUGAUGUGUUUUUUUAGAUGAAAUUUAUAUCAAUGGAUAGGUAAGACAAUUUUUGGGGUUUUUAUAUUAUUUUUAAUGCAUUUUUAAAAACUACGGUAACUUUUAUGUUUUCGGUCACCUUGACAGUUGAUUUCGUAUUGAAAUUCUUUUCAUUUUCCGUUUUUCUUUGGAUAGAUCCCACCGUAACCCAGCUACAGUAUGAAGAAAGUACUCGAGUAGUUUCUGACGCCCUACGAUAGAUUCCACCGUAACCCGGCUAUAGUAGGAAAUUACUCAAGAAAUUUUAACGGCUUAAGAUGGAGCCUAGUGAAAUUUAAUCGAUGUCGAAAACUUGAUUUUUUUUUCCUAAUGCCGUUUUUUUAAAACAUUCUAAAAGUCUUCUCAACUUCAGUACACAUCCUAUAGCUGUGCCCAACCUUGAGCGACUUUCUCAAGAAUGCAUCCGAGCGUACGUAGUUUUUUGUCGGGCGCCCUGACGACCGCAUCGCGACCGCGAUGCCCUCAGCCAUUCUUCACAACGUCUCAACCUUUGGAACAAAGAAUGAGAAAAUGAACUUUCAGACCGACAGCAGGCCUGCCACCGGAAAAUAAUGAGCAGCAGGAUGAUUCGCUUCUGGAAAAUUUGAGAAAAGAUGUGGAUCACGUUGAUCUGUAUCCAUCUAAAAAGCAUACAGAUUCGAUGUGAGUGGAAAAAAAAGGGAAUGACUUUGCGGCCUUUUUUGAGCCCUUUUAGCGGCCGUUAUGCCCGAGAAUAUUCUCAAGACUUUAAUUUUAUUUCCUUGAAAUAUUACUUUCUCAUUACAGGGAUCAAUCGGGACAGCUCGUCCCACAACAUUAUCCGCAACAAAAUUACUCCUCUUAUAACUAUUCCUAUGCGAAUACCCGAUACAACACUCGGAUGUCCAGAGCCGCCGCAGUCCGGAAAAUUCCUCGAAAGUCUGAUUUUAGAACAAAAUUCUGGUCAUUUUGUUCAAUUUCUAGGCUUGAAAACAUUGGCAACUCUUGUUAUUUCAACUCGAUGCUGCAGGCUCUGUCGGCCGUCCCGCUUUUCGUCACCAGACUCGACGAAUGCUCCAGAUUGUUCUACCAGGAGAGAAAUCCGUUGUUGCAGUGAGUGGUUUGAUGGAAAUUUUACGAAAAUAUCGAGAAAAUUAGGGUUGAAAAUGCUCUAAUGAGAUGAAUUUUCGAUGAGUUUGGGAGACUGUAAUUUUUUCGAGGGCUGCAAAUUUUGGAUUAUCAGUUUUUGGGGGCUGCAAUUUUUAUUGAUUGCUCUGUGAGAGCUGCCAAUUUUAUUGAUUGAUUCUUGAGAGCUGCAACUCUUGUAAUGCACUUUGAGGGCUGCAAUUUUUAUUGAUUGAUUAUUAAUUGAGAGCUGCAAGUUUUCAUUGAUUGAUUGAUUCUUGAGAGCUGCAAUGUUUAUUGAACGCCUCUUUAGAGCUGCAAUUUGUAUUGAUUGAUUCUGAGAGCUGCAAUUUUUAUUGAUUUCUUCUUGAGAGCUGCAAUUUUUGUAAUGCACUUUGAGAGCUGCAACUUAUAUUGAUUGAUUCUGGAGAGCUGCGAUUUUUAUUGAUUGAUUCUGAGAGCUGCAGUUUUUAUUGAUUUCUUCUUGAGAGCUGCAACUUUAUUGAUUGAUUCUUGAGAGCUGCAAUGUUUAUUGAACGCCUCUUUAGAGCUGCAAUUUGUAUUGAUUGAUUCUUGAAAGCUGCAUUUUUUUACUGAUUGAUUCUUGAGAGCUGCGAUUUUCAUUGAUUGAUUCUGAGAGCUGCAGUUUUUAUUGAUUUCUUCUUGAGAGCUGCAACUUUAUUGAUUGAUUCUUGAGAGCUGCAAUUUUCAUUGAUUGAUUCUGAGAGCUGCAGUUUUUAUUGAUUUCUUCUUGAGAGCUGCAAGUUUAUUGAUUGAUUGCUCCUUGAGAGCUGCAAUUUUUUUGAUUGAAUAUUAGUUGAGAACUGCAAUUUUCAUUGAUUGAUUCUGAGAGCUGCAAUUUUCAUUGAUUGGUUCUUGAGAGCUGCAAUUUUCAUUGAUUGAUUGCUUUUUGAGAGCUGCGAAACCACUGAAAAAAAUAUUUACUCGUUUAGUUAGGAAAAAGUUGAAAAAAAAAACCGUUGAUCAUAAAAAAUCUGCUUUCAGUAUUUUACUUUUGUUUCUACGGCAUUUGACCCAAGUUUCUCAAAUCGCCCUGGCAUUCGAUGAAGACCAGCGAUUGACCAGUUUGAAUGUGCAGGUUUCGAAAAAAAAAGAUCAUCGAAAAAUAAAAAUCAUUAUUUUAUGUUACAGGUCCUCGAGCAUUUUCGAAUGAUCCUGGGCGAGUUUUCUGAAGAUUUCGCCACGAAAGAUCAGCAAGUAUAAUUUAUGAAAAAUAGAAGUCGUAAUAAUAUAAUUAAAAGGACACCCACGAGUUCUUGUACUUGAUCCUGCAGCGAUUGGACGAAGAUUUUACGGAAGGGGCGAAAUCUGAACUGCUUGGCUUGGGAUACGCCGAAUCGGACGUCACUUCUGAUUUGGUUUUGCCCUUUCUUAUUUUUGAAAAAUUGAAAAAAUAGAAGUAUAGCUGAAUCACGGCUGGCUUGAGCCAUUGAAAAAUGGGUCCUGACACGAAAAAAAAGAGAUAGUGCCUGGUUUGUGGAGAGCCCAGAGAGGCUACGCCCUUUAGCAGCUGCGAAUCGACUAUUUAUUGUUUUGAAAGCUUAAGCUGGGCAGUUUAAAGGAGCAUGGAAUGUCUUAUAGACGUCUCGAAGCGACGAGUCGUUUUCAGAGUUUUCAACCUAUUUUUUGAAUUUUAAAUGAAGUUUCAGCAUGGUAAUGGGCAUAUUAAAUAAUGAGUUCAGAAAAAAAUAGUAUUAAAAUUGAAAAUUCGAAAAAAAGCUUGUCAACCAAUCUCUCUAGAGAUCAUUUAACCAACAUAAGGGCCACUAAAGCUUGCAAAAGUGGUCCCUAUAGGGAUUUAAUUUAGUGGUCCUUAUAGGUGACAUGUCACUCGAUAAAUUUUAUGAAGCGAAGAAACAUUUCAAUGCAAAAAAUUGAAUAAAUAGGCGUUUUUUAAAUGAAGAUGAAAGACCCCAACAGGGACCGGCUGAGGGGUCAGAACCUAAACCACUAUAGGGACCACUCUGGAAUUUCUAAGUCUGUUCAUGGCUAAAGGAACAUGGGUAGGGAAGUUUUACAGAGGUCUCAAAGCGAAGCGCCGUUUUUAGGGUUUUUUUAACACUCUUUGAUGUUUUAAAUAUACGUUAGAAUUAAAGAUAGGUAUACUUAUUGAUUAAACUACGAAAAUUUUUGAAAAAAAUACGCGAAAUUAGACCGGAAAAAUCGAAAAAUGUUUUUUUAUUUCUCAUUUUUUUAAAGGAGCAUAGACAGGUCUCGAAGCGAAUUACCGUUUUUAGGUUUUUUUUUUCAUGCUUUUUUUUAAACAGAGCUUGAGAAUGAGAACAGGUAAACUAAUAACAAAUUUUAAGAGACCAGAAAGUUUGAAAAAAAAAGUUCUAUUCUGUUUAUAUUCAUUCCCUUUUUUUUCAGAUUGAAAGCACCGAAAAAGGAUUCCUGAACGCGACCAACAUCUUCAAGAUGUACACGAGGGAUAGGUGGAAAUAAUCGUGAAAAAUACCCUGAUUUUUUUAAGUUUAGAAUAUCUUGUUAUUGUGGAGCCGCACGAUUCGUCAGCCCUUCGUGCAAUUUCGAUCUUUGUGUCACGCCGAGGUAUAAAAUUAUUAUAUAACAAAUAAAAUGUAUAUCAGACAAAAACGGCCUCGAAAAGUUAUCAGAGCUUUUAAAAAUCAUAACUUUAUUGCUGACACUUUAUAUCAAAUCAUUUAUUUUUGUUGUUUUAGUCUGGUGUAAUCGACUAGGCGGUGAACAAGACUUUAAAAGCUAUAACGAACAACCGCCUUUGGCAAGCUAGAAGUCCAAACGUGUAGUCGAAAGAGUUGAAAGCGUGGUCUUACGGUCCUUCGCCUCGUCCUUCUGCGCGUAGUCCAUCCAGUUGCGCCUUGACGAGCUCAGAAUGUAGCGGAUGUUGUGCUGGAGCCCGGAGACCGUGCUCUAGGUGGGAGCCUCAGAAUGAGAGCGACCACUUCGAGUGAAGAUUUUACACGGAAUGAGAUUAUUAACAGAGAAACCGAGAAUAUGAGAUUAUUAACAGAAAAAAUAGUUGUAUUCGAAUUUCUUCAAAAGCUGAAAAGGGAACUUGAUGUUCAAAGUUGUCAUAGAUAUCAUUUGCGACGGAUCGAGUCAGGAAACUUGAGCUUUUUCUUGAAGUUUGAAAAUUUUAAGGCGCGCGCAAGUUGUUUUUAGUCGGGCGCAAACUUAUAAUCACCGCUCUGAAGCUGUUUUCCACGUAGAAUUAUUCAAAAUGAGUUUUAAGAAGGGACAAAGAAAGAAUUGAAUCAUUUUCUUUACCUCAGAAAAACUGAUAAUUGAACUUUUUUUAGCCCCCCUAUUGUUGAAACUUGACAAGUGUAAUCUGAGACCUCCUUUUUUUCUAGGAUAAGAAAAACAAAAUUUAGAGCUUGUUUUUUUCGAAUUAUGAAGGUCCAAACUUUCAAAGUGACAUGUUUUUUUGAAUGAGUUCUACAGUUUGCGGUUUUUGAAAGGCUCGAAAAAAAUACUUAUUUUUUUAAAAAAAUGCGAUUUAUACGAUUUUUUCUUUCGCUAGGAAGAUGAGAUUCUGAAACAAACUUCAGAUAAGCUUAACUACCAGGCCAACUGGUAGCUCAAAAACACCGCUAAGGAAUUUAUCAUUUUAUUAGAACCAAGAAAAUACUCUUUUUAAAAAAUGACUUUGAGGACUCACGCCUCCAUCCAAGAGCUCAUUGACAUGGCCUAUCCGUGCUCUUUGAAUUCUUGCAUCCGAUGUGAAAGUUGCCACGCCAACGGAAAGUCUACCAUGGCGACGACUGUUUCGGAACUGCCUCAGUUGGUUUUUUUUUUUUUUGAAGGAAAAAUCGGGAAAAUAAAAAUGAAGCUAGGAAGGUUUGCCUUUUCAGACCACUCCUAGGUGUUAGUCCUGAAAAAGUUCAUAUUUUCGAAAUUUGAACUAGGGAAAAAAGUGAGGGGGUUAUUUUUUGGAGGUUUUUUAUGAGUUGAUUGUACUUUCUUUACCAAAAUUUUUGUUCUGAACCCUUUUGUGUUCUUGUACCGUUUUCAUGUUGUUCUGACCUCUCCGGGAAGAAAAAAACAAGACGAAUCGGGUUUUUGUCGGAGUGAAGUUCAAUAAAAAAUUUUCGUCUCUAUCUUUUUAAUUUUUUUAUCAGGGAGUUAGUUCCGUAUAUCUUCAAGUUGACAAAACCUAGAAAAACUAAACCCAUUGGGAUGACCUGGAAAAGAAACAUAUUUGUAUGAACUGUCCAUGGAAAUGUCCCUUUUUUUUUAGAUUUCCAGAAAAAUGACCUUUUUCAGAUGCCUAAUAGUGUCAUUAAAACGUUACGAAAUGCAGUACGGAAAGCACGACGUCAAGAAAUUGGACGUGCCCGUUCUCGUCAGCAAAUAUCUCUACACAAACGAGCUCAUGACCUUCUCGGAUAGAAUCAAUGAGCCUUCGCAGACUCCUUCGAGGUAUUUAGGGGGGAAAAUUGGUUUAUGCUUCAAAAUGACCGAAAAACCGGGUUUCUAGUGAAAUAUUUUUUUCUGACUAGCUUUCCAACUUGAACUGGGUAAAGUAUCAAGGAAAAAGGGGUCAAAUUGAAUUUCUAACAUUUCUGAAUGUUCUAAGUUUCUUAUAACUGGAAAAAAGUUCACUGGCGAUUUAUUUUCUCGUGAUUUUUACGAUUUUUUGGGAGAUUUUGUAGGUUCAACGAACACUUUUGAGCCUAUUGAAAGAAGAAUAAUAAAAAAGACUAUUAAAAACUAAAUCCUACUUUUUAGCGGCCCAAGAAAAUUCUAGUAACUGAAUAUUUGACUGUAAAGUUGAGGUUUGAAGAAGGUUCGGCUUUUAGAAGUUUCAUCAGACUAUGAGAUUCUUGGUCAUUCUUCAUUAGACACAUCUCUGAGACUUUCUGACAUGUCUGCUCUCUCUUUUCCCUCAUCUUUAAGCUCAUAGACACUGGUAAACAACACUAAAACAAGAGAGGGCGCAGAGAAAUCAUAUUGUUAUGAGUUUUGACGAAUAGAAAGGGACCAGAUAUGUGAUUAAGAGUUAGCGCAAACCUUCUGAAAUAUUUCCCAAGAUCAUUUCGUUUCUAGAAGUGCUUCCCUGACGAGUUUCAUGACCCCGACCCAUCAUCCGGCUCCCGAAAAAGCAGAAUCUUAUGAGAGUAUCGCCUCGAUGUUGGACAACUUUGAUGACUUCCCUCUCAACAUUGUGGUUCUAGAAGCAUUCAAAAAAAGAUCCACUGAAGUUUUUUAAGCGACAAUCGGAACCUCAGUCUGGCGGAGGUCGAGCUCCGAGCCCCCGGGAAGAUUUUUCCCGUGACCAUGAGCCGCCGUUGGCCAAACGGACAAGAUUCAGCGCCGACUGCGGAAUCGAAAUCAUACAUCAGAAUGUGAGGAUUUUCAAAAUUGUCAUCCUUUGGUUCGUUAGUCCAUUCGUCGUGAUUUUAAAAAUUCUGACCUGUCUGGGCUCUCUUCUCUCUCGCCAUAGAGAUGAGAUGGUUAAAAGCGUAGCGGUUUCGAUUCCUUCUAACAGUUAACUUCAUCUUGGCUAGAGCGACUUUCUGCCUAGCGCAUUCUUAAGUUCACCUGUUAUUUUAACCUGUCUAUGGCUUCAGAAGCUAGAGAAAAGAGAGUGCAGAAAGGUGAGACUGUUUCGAGUCAGUAUGUCGCGGCGCGCAAGUAGUUUACGGUCGGGUGAAGCACUCGAAAUUGCUGGAGCGCUUCUUAGUGCACCCGACCUGAAGCGAGUUUCGCUGGUAGGUUGAAGAGUAGUAGCUGAAUGGGCUUUGUAACGCUGCCCUUUGAGCCAUUCUCCGUGCGAGUUUUUAAAAUUUUCGAUCUAGGGUAAUGAGUACAAUUGAAGGCAGAGAUCAUUUCAGGUUAUCGGCUUUACUUUCAAAAUUCAGCAGUCAAAUUUCGAAAAUUUUGCUUUUAAAUUUGCUAUAUUUAUUCACAGUGGGUAGAGGUGUUUAGGUGUAAAAAGAUGUUUUGAAAAAAAAAAUCCUUAUGAUUUUAUUCAAGCUCAACUCGAGAAUCGCUUUCGAUCCGAUGCUCGACGACGAAGUCCACGAGGAAUGGUCCGCUAUUUUCGGCAUUCAUCUCGACCAUCAGAAGUGGAAUAUGUACGGCUUCUUUCCGAUCAAAAUUAGAGGAAUAUGUUCCUUUUAUUCAGUUGGAUUCGAUGACUUUCAAUUUUCUUGAACUUUCUCUAGAGAAUCCACAUAUCAUCAAAAGUUAUCCAGAUUACUUUCCAGCUCAUUUUCCAGAAUUCAUGAUUCUUUCAGUUAAUGUUUUAACCUCCCUCUCCAAUUUCAAACUUCAGAGCGAAGGCCAAUUUCGGAGAACCCUGCGAAAUUGACAAAAAAGUCGCGCCAACGAGAUCCAAGGAUGUACAAGCCGAUGGGAAUUGUCUCUUCCGCGCGAUUUCUUACUGGCUCUGUGGAGAAGUCAAGCACUUUAUCACUGUCCGAGAAAAGGUGAAAAAUCAUAGGGAUAUUAAGUUUUUUGAAAGAUUUUCUAUGAAGGAUUGCUAUAAGACAGAUGUUUAUCAUGGUUUCAAAUCAUGGUUUUCGGUUUUUCUGAGAAAUUUUCUAACUCCUAGUUUCUGGCUUCUCUGAAAAAUUCCAACGAUAAAAGGCUACAGAAGCUAGUCUUUGAAGAGACGCGAGACAACGAGAAACUUGUCUCAUUUCUCUGGCGUCUCUUCAGGAAGUUAUUGAUCUUUCGCUUCCUCUGUAUCGGGCCUCGGCUCCGUACUUUUCUGAGCGUUCCUAGGGGUCACUUAAGAGCACUUGCUUACGCUACUAGAGUGGCCGCUAGAAAUGCUCCGAUACAUCGGUUCCGCAAGUUUCAAAAAAAGUAAUUUUUCGUUUCAACUCAGGUCUGCGACUUCAUGGUCAGCAAUCCGAACCUUUUCGAGCGGCACGUUUCGAAGCAACUUUCGGCUCAUGCUCGGGAGUAUGUCAAUCCUAGAGAGAAUUUAUCAAAGUUUAAUUUAUCCAGAAUGAAACGCCAAGGCGAAUGGGGCACUCAGACGGAACUCAUGGUGAUUGCGACGAUGCUCCGAUGCACUGUAAGAAGAAUUUUUGGGCUUUGGAGAAUUUUUUGGAAGAAUGGUCCCUGUAACCUAACCUUAGGGGCUUUUGAAAACCCCUGGGAUGAACUCUAUAAGAAGACGAUUUUCUAUGAGAAAAAAAAAAUCAAUGAAUGAUUUUUUGGAACUCUAGAGUGUUCCCUGUAACCCAACUUUAGGGUUUCUGAGAAUUCCCCUUUAGGGACCACUUUACCUCCACGUAUAAGGGCCAUAAGAGCUUGCUAAUGCGGCACCUAUAAGGGCAGCGUUGAAUGAAAAAUCUCAGCAGAGAAUGAUUUGAUCAAGUUUGUCUUUUUCAAUUUGUCAAUCUCGGCGAAAGUUUGAAAGACCCUAUAGGGACCACUUUAGCUUUAUGGGCUCAGGGGUUGAACUCUGAAUCCCUAUAGGGACCAGAUGAAUUUUAGCCCUUUAGGUGCACUUUUUGUGUCCUGUAGGGGCUGUUUAUUCCCCCUAACCAGUAUAGGGACCACUUUGUAUUGGCUCAAGGCGCGUCGGACCUAAAACGACUUACGCUCUAGGGUAUCGAAAAGCCCUUUUAAAUCUGUAAGACUUCGAAAUUGUUUCAAAGCCGGUUUGACCAUCAACGCUUUGAGCCAUUCCAAAUGCGACCACAGCUUUUUGAAUCACAAGCCCCGCUUUGAAACAGUAUGACCCGUCUCCACUCUCUUUUCCCUCACCGAUAAAGUCAUAGAACAUGAAAACAGCGUUUGAAAAGAGAGAAACAGAGAAAUAAGACGAUUCGGACUUUUCAGAUCCACACCUUCCUCCAUGACAAAUGGACCUCCUACCAGCCGGUUCAAUGUGCGGAUUUCCUUUCUUUUUUCGAUAAAAACUUUUUUUUUCUAGCUCCUGGAAACGGAAAUAUCUACCUGGACAAUCGAAAUAACAACCACUUCAGUGUGGUUCUGGAUGUCCGGGAAAGGGGUGUAUCGCCGUCGGAAAACAAGGAGAACAGCCUCAGAGAGGAGAGGAAGUUCGACAUGGAAGCUUGGGUGAGAAAUGUUGUCAUUUGGAAAGUUAACAAUCCAGUAGAAAUAGAUUCAGGCUUUCAGUAAUGAAAAUAGGCUGUUUUUAGAGAUUUUUAGCUUUAAAGACGAAAUUUUUGAAGGGAAAGCCUAAAUAAUUUUUAAAAAAACGAUACAGACUUUUUUAUCGCAUUUUACAUAACUUCUACACUUUUCCGUCAUAUCUUCAAUAAAAGCUACAUCUUAUGAACCCAGUCUCAUUCAACAUAAGAUCUGAAAACUCCCUGGUUAGGUGUAAAAUUGUAUUUUCUCCAUCAACAGCUAGUCUAGUUUUAGGGGCUCGAAAUUGAAUUUUGUGGUUAAAAUGUGUCGAAGAGUUGUAUGGCGAGAAGGAAAGUUAUAGUCGAUGUGCCACGAGUUGAAAUUUCAUGGAACGACACGCCGCUCGGUGGCCUUGUGGCCGUGAAGAAUCAAUGUCUUUGCGGAUCUCGGUCACGCUUUCCCAUUUUAUAAUUUGUCGUUUUCAAAUACAUUUUUUUCGAUAAUUUUUUAGUUUUAUGAACUUUUUGGCGGUGCAAUGGAUGAAUAAAAUUUUUCGGAAUGCCAAUAAUUCAACCAGAGGAUAAAUAAGCAGUGAAAAACAUUAUGUUGACUGAAACCGAUCUCUCUAUUUCAUAGUGCGUACACGUCUUCAUUUUAUAAGCCACUCACUUUCUGAAAAAAUCCAUUAACCACUGCAACAAACAGAAAAAAAAACGAUGAAAACAUUAAAACAUGGCUUUAACAAAAACACACAUUUUUUAUCCCAUUUUUCGAGGAAGAUCAUGAAAUUUACUAUGUUCUUUCGUUCACAUUUGUACAACGCAAUCUUUUUCAACGAUAAUAAUACAUUUUAAAGAAAUAAAACAACUAAAAAAAUAUCAAAAUUAGAAUGAAAACCAAAAAAAUAAGUUAGCGUGGCCGAGGUUGGCAAAUUCGCACGAUGCGCGCUACCGCACAAAUCGAAACAGCGGAGUGUCGUCCCAUGAAAUUUCAACUUGUGGCACAUCGACUAUAUCAUUUAAGGAGCUUCUAGAUUUUUACCGGAGAGAACCCAGAAAAGCCAACAUAGUUAUAGUCAAUCCUUCCCGACUUAAAAAACAGCUAUAGUCAAUCUUCCUGAUUUAAAAGAAAGGCGAGAUUGGCAAGGGUAAAGCGUUUUGUGUGUGGCGCGGUCAAACCCGAACCACCUUUUUGCUUUUUUACCUCAAUUUUGACCGUUUUUCAAUAGAUUGUAGUUUUCAACCCUUGCCAAUUUACCCAUCCCGCCUCUCGAGUCGACUAUAUUAAUAUACAGUACCGCUCAAAAGUCUAUUAAGUUUUUGGUUUUUUUGAGGAUAUCUCAGCGAGUACUCAUCCGAUUUAUAUAUAACUUUCAGGGAUUAUGUAAAAUAUACUUUGAAACAUAUACGGUAUACAAAUACAUGUCCGCAGUCACUGCGACGCGUUUUAGGAAUUUUUUUCGAAUUCAAAUUUUUGUUUUUUUAUGCUUUUUAUUUUUUUAUUUAUUUCUAUUAAAUUUUUUUAAAAAGUAAUAAUGUUGCCAUAUAUUUUUUUCAUGUUUUCAGACAUAGGAAGAACCUCUGAAAAAAAGGAUUUGACUGAUAACGACAAAAGAGCCAUCGUUGUGGGUCGUCAAAAUGGACUGACCAUGAUGUCGUUGGCAGGAAUGUUCGGCGGGACAGAGGCGUGCAUUUCUCAGUUCCUAAAGCGUCAGAAAGCUCAAGAUGGCUCUACUAACAGCCAACGCACUGGAAGACCACGUGUCACUGAUCGUAAUGACGAUAGGAACAUUUUGAAGACGUCUAGAACCAAUCCAAGACUCACCGCCCCUGCGAUCAGACGGGAAGUUUGCUUGAAUUCGCCAUCUCCGCCAUCCGUCUCGACCGUGAAACAACGUCUGAAUGCUGCUGGAAUCAUGGGAAGACGUCCAGUGAACAAACCGCUGAUUUCUGAAAAGAAUCGAGUCGCCAGGGUGAAGUGGGCGAAGGAGCAUCUCAACUGGACCCGUCAAGACUGGAACAAGAUUCUGUCGUCCGACGAAACGGUCCUCCACCAUGUUUCACAAAGGGUAAUUGGUAUUUCGGAUGA